UAUUACGUAAUAUGUUUCAACCUUAAAAAAAGUUCAAUACAAGUGUUGGACAAUAUCAAGGGAGGAAAUUAUGAUAGUAGAUCGUAUGGCGGCGAACCACGAAUGCUUACAACUGCUUUAUGUCAAUAUUUGAGAGAAACUAAACACCCAGCUGCAGAAGACAUAUUGAGCUGUGAACCAAAUAGAUUGGAACUUAAAUGGAGAACAAGAAAUAAUUCGAAUGAUUGUGGUAUCUUCGCGAUGAGACACAUGGAAUAUUUCAAGGGAGAAACAACGAAAAAUUGGAACUGUGGGUUGCGAAAAGAAUCACCAGAUCAAGUAUACGAUUUAAAUGAUCUACGGUUAAAAUAUUUAGCCAAAAUCCUACUGUCAGACCUUAACACGAACAAAGAAUUUGUGUUGGAUGAAGUCCGUCAAUUUAAAGCGUUGGAUCUAGCUUCGAGAAAAGAACACAUGAAAGAUGCAUAUAAAAGGAUAAACAGGAGGGUGACCGAAUUCUAAUUAUUUA